CUCUGCAGGCUCUCUCUUCGUCUUCUUGCUCGCUUCCCUCUCUGCAGAGGAGAGCAGAGGGCACGGAGCUCAGACGCGUCGCAUGCGGACAGGCAAGGCAACGCAAGAGACCGGAUACCAUUCCCCCCCGGCCACGGCCAUUCCAUUCUUGGCAACCCCUACCACCACUCCCUCCCACCGAGAGAGCCCGGCAGGGCAAGCAACCGGCCACCCCUCGCCGCCCUCACCCGCCGGCGUGCGCGCGGGGGAGAAGUACUAAACUAACCGUGCGCGGGCGCGGGCGCGCCCCCAUGGCCGUGCCACCGUGCCCCGCGCCCCACGCAACGUGCCCCGCACGCCGCCCGCCGCCUGCUCUAAUGCCCGCCCCCCGCGCUGCCACCACGCCUUCCUCCUCCCCCUCCCCCGCUGCUCGCCAAGCUCCUCGCCGCGCCGCUGGGAGACAGCGGUGGUGAUGGCGCCGCGGUGGAAGUCCGGCGACGGGCGCCGCCGGCUGCUCCUGCUCCUCUGCUGCUGCCUCCUCGCCUUCCCCUGCCACGCUCAAGUCACCAACGUCUCCCACCGCUCCGACCAAGCCAUCCACUCGUUCGUGGGCACGUACGGGAUCAACUACGGGCGCAUCGCCGACAACCUGCCGCCGCCGGAGGACGUGGUGCGGCUGCUGAAGCUUGCCCGGAUCCGGAACGUGAAGAUCUACGACGCCGACCACAAGGUGCUGGACGCGUUCCGGGGCAGCGGGCUCAACCUGGUGGUGGCCAUCCCCAACGAGUUCCUCAAGGACAUGGCGGCCAACCCGAGCAAGGCCAUGGACUGGCUGAACGAGAAUGUGCAGCCCUACUACCCGUCCACGCGCAUCGUCGGCAUCACCGUCGGCAACGAGGUGCUGGGCGGUGGCGACACGGGGCUCGCCGAGGCGCUCGUCGGCGCCGUCGUCAACGUGCACGACGCGCUCCGGAUGCUCCGGCUCGACCGCAAGAUCGAGCUCUCGACGCCGCACUCGGAGGCCGUCUUCGCCAACUCGUACCCGCCGUCCGCCUGCGUCUUCCGCGACGACCUCAUGGUGUACCUCCGCCCGCUGCUCGACUUCUUCUCCAAGACCGGCGCGCCCUUCUACGUCAACGCCUACCCGUUCCUCGCCUACAUGAGCGACCCGUCGCACAUCGACAUCAACUACGCGCUCUUCAAGCCCAACUCCGGCAUCGUCGACCCCAAGACCAACCUGCACUACGACAACAUGUUCGAGGCGCAGCUCGACGCCGCCUACUUCGCGCUCGAGGCCGCCGGCUACCCGGGCAUGGAGGUGCGCGUGGCGGAGACCGGCUGGGCGUCCGCCGGCGACGCCACCGAGGCCGGCGCCGGCAUGGCGGACGCCAUCACCUACAACCGCAACCUCCGGAAGCGCCUCUUCCUGCGCAAGGGGACGCCCUACCGGCCCGAACGGGUGGCCAAGGCCUACAUCUUCGCGCUCUUCAACGAGAACCUCAAGCCCGGGCCCACCACCGAGCGCCACUUCGGCCUCUUCAAGCCCGACGGCAGCGUCUCCAUCAACAUCGGCCUCAAGGGGCUCGUGCCAUCCUCCGCGCCGCCGCCGCCAUCGUCUCUCAUGGCCUUGUUCCAGGCACGGGGGUGGAUUGUACGGUACUCGGCUGCGCUUCUUCCAUGUACAUUGAUUUUUCUAGCAUUAGCAACAUGACCACAGAUUAGCACGCAUGGCUGCAAACUGUAUAGUGUGUUAGGACCAUGCUUCUUGAACUGGAUGCUCAUGGCGCUCAUCAAGAGCUAGCUGCUGCUCCAGGCUUGAGGCUGGGGACAAGUGCAUGCAGUUUAUUAACACUGAUUCUUUCGAUGGAGCUUCAUAGAAAAAUCGCGGUGUCGAAUUUCAACGGUUGAUUCGGAUCACAGUUACGUUCAGAAUUUUAGUUUUACUUGCAUGACCACCAGAUGCAGUUCUCAUUUCUGUACAAAGUAAUCAAGCCUCAUGGUUCAUAGUUCA